AUGUUCCAGAACUUUGAAAAUCAGACAGACCCCACCACAGCCUCAGCCCUAAAGUCAGAAAGCCCUACAAGCCUCAGGGUCCAACUUCCCGCCUGCCUCCCAUCCCUCAUCGCCCUCACUCAGGCACUGCUAGGUUCCAUCCUGGCACUCACCAACGGACUUACCCUGCUACUACUGGGCCCAGACUGCAUGCAUGGCUCUGGGGCCUGUGGCCCCUUCGUCUACCUGGACCCUGGCUUCUCCAUGGUGGCUGUGGGGGUGCUGCUGGCCACCACUCUGCCCCAGGUGUGCCGCUACGGUUGGCUGCUGCUCCAGGCCGUCCCGCCCCAGGUGUGUGUGUCUGAUCUGGGCCGGCGGAUCGCCAGUGUGCCAGGGGUGCAGGCGGUGCACGACCUCCACGUGUGGCAGCUGACAGAGAGCUGCCUGGUGGCGUCUGUACAUGUCCACUGCCACGCUGGGUUCCAGAUACACAGUUUGUGUGGUGAUUUGUUGUCGGGGGUCACCAAGGUACUGCAGAGUGUAGGUGUGAGCUGCUGCACCGUACAACCAGAGUUCCUCCUCUCUACUCCCACAGCCAACGGCAACCUGGAUAACAACGGCACCAACCCCACCAUCAUCCAUAGGGAGAUGCCCUCACACCUCGCCUGCAGCCUGGCCUGUGGGAAGGGCUGUGCUGGGAAGAUGUGCUGUGCUCCUCUGGAGGAAGGGCCUGCAGAGCCACUGGCACCCCCUGCUGGGGAAACUGAGGAGGAGCCUCACGUGCUGAUCAUCGAGAACACCUUUCUUUGAGGGAAGGACCUCUAGGAUGUAUCUCAGUAGUGUAGAGUGGGCUCCUUGCAUCC